AUGUCGCGGGGUGGGACUGGACGUUUCCUCCCGACAGAGGACACGGCCCCGAAGCCGGCCGUCUGCGGACACCUCGUCAGCGCGGACUUUACCGCUGAAGCGCGCCCUGGGGCUGCACCGCCCCGGGCCGGAGAGCCCCGGCGGAGCCGGCAGGACCGGGCAGGGCAGGGCAGAAAUAUGGCCUGUGUUCUAGGAGCUGGGAAAACAACUCUUCUAAAUUACAUACUGACAGAGCAGCAUAAUAAAAGGAUAGCAGUCAUUCUUAAUGAGUUUGGAGAAGGAAGUGCCUUGGAGAAAUCCCUGUCAAUCAGUCAAGGGGGAGAACUCUAUGAAGAAUGGCUGGAGCUCAGAAAUGGCUGCCUGUGCUGUUCAGUAAAGGACAGUGGUGUGAAGGCUAUUGAGAACCUGAUGCAAAGAAGAGGAAAAUUUGACUAUAUAUUGUUAGAAACAACUGGUUUGGCAGAUCCAGGAGCUGUGGCCUCCAUGUUCUGGGUUGAUUCUGAACUGGAAAGUGAUAUCUAUCUUGAUGGUAUUGUAUCUGUUGUUGAUGCAAAGAAUGGAUUGCAGCACUUGACAGAGGAGAAGCCAGAAGGUCUUGUCAAUGAAGCAUCUCGGCAAGUUGCAUUAGCUGAUCUUAUAAUAAUCAAUAAAACAGAUUUGGUUUCAGGGGAAGAAUUGAAUAAAGUCAGAACAUCUGUCAGGUCAAUAAAUGGACUUGUUAAAAUCGUGGAGACACAAAGAUCAAGAGUUGAUCUCUCCAGUGUCUUGGACCUCCAUGCUUUUGACAGUUUAUGUGGCAUAAGUUUGCAGAAAAAGCUUGAGCUUGUAAAGACAACGCAUGCACAUCUAGAUAAGGGUAUAAUUACAGUAACAUUUGAAGUUCCAGGAAAUAUAAAAGAAGAAAACUUAAAUAUUUUUAUUCAGAAUCUUCUGUGGGAGAAGAAUGUGAAAGAUAAAACUGGGUGCACCAUGGAUGUCAUAAGACUGAAGGGACUGGUAUCUAUUCAAGGCAAAUCUCAUCAGGUGAUAGUCCAAGGUGUCCAUGAGCUCUAUGAUCUGGAAGAGACUGCAGUAGCCUGGAAAGAAAAUGAAAAGAGGACAAAUAGACUGGUCCUAAUAGGCAGGAACCUGGAUAAGGAGACCAUCAAAGAAGUAUUCAUAGCAACUGUGAGAGAGAAACAAGGAAACAGUUGACAUGAAACUA